AUCCCGGAACAGGCAGCCCGGAGCCUCUGUGUGUGUGUGAGAGAGAGAGAGAGGGAGAGGGAAAGAGAGAGCGGGAGAGAGAGAGAGAGGGAGAGGGAGAGAGAGAGAGAGAGAGAGAGAGGGAGAGAGGGAGAGAACUCGUCCACACUCCCGCAGCUCCGGACAGCCGCCUACAGCCGGGACACCAACCAAGAGGCCCCGAGCACCCGGUGGAGUUUCCGAACGAGGACGGUUCAUCCCGGAGGUCAGACCCGGAUCCGAAGCCCUGAGGUGAUCUCCCGCCCCCAUACUCCGCGCACCGAGAGAGAGAGACGCAACACCCCCUCACCUCCCAUCGCAGCCAUGCAUGCCCUCCUCCUCCUCAUCUCCUCCCUGCUGAUUGGCGGGUGGGCCGUACCCUUCAAUCAACGCGGCUUCUUCAGGGACCUGCUGGAUGCCAUGCAGAACGACGAGGAGGGUUCCGCCUUCAUUGAUGCCGACGUCCCAACGGUCAAGCUGGACGAGACGGUCCUUCCCCCAAUCUACCCUACCUGCCCGUUCGGAUGCCAGUGCCAGAUACGUGUCGUCCAGUGCUCGGACCUCGGACUGAAGGAGGUUCCGGCCAACAUUCCCAGUGACACGACUUUACUGGAUCUUCAGAACAACAAGAUCACCGAGAUUAAGGAAAAAGAUUUUAAAAACCUCGGCAAACUUUACGCACUGUACCUGGUCAAUAACAAGAUCAAAAAGGUCCAUCCUAGAGCGUUUCAGCCACUGGUCUCCAUCCAGAAAUUGUACAUGUCCAAGAACGCCCUGGUGGAAAUCCCCAAGAAUCUGCCUCGGUCCCUGGUUGAGCUCAGGAUUCACGAUAACCACAUCACCAAGGUUCCCAAGGAGGCCUUCCGAGGGCUUAAAAGCAUGAACUGUAUCGAGAUGGGAGGGAACCCUCUGGAGAACUCGGGAUUCGAAGAGGGAGCCUUCGAUGGUCUGAAGCUGAAUUACAUCCGCAUUUCAGAGGCAAAACUUUCGGGCGUUCCCAAAGAUCUGCCCAACAGCAUCCACGAACUCCACCUGGACCACAACAAGAUCCAGGCCAUUGAGCUGGAAGACCUCAUCCGUUACAGUCAGCUGUACAGGUUGGGUCUCGGCUUCAACCACAUCCGGGUGAUCGAGAACGGGAGCCUGGCGUUUCUGCAGAACCUGCGGGAGAUCCACCUGGAGCACAACGAGCUGACCCGCGUCCCAGCUGGACUCAACCACAUGAAGUACCUGCAGGUCGCCUAUCUCCACUCGAACAACAUCAGCCAAGUGGGCGUCAACGACUUCUGCUCCACCGGCUUCGGAUUCAAGAGGGCCUCCUACCACGGCAUCAGCCUCUUCAACAACCCCGUCAAUUACUGGGAUGUCCAGCCGGCCACCUUCCGCUGCGUCACUGACAGGAUGGCCAUCCAGUUCGGCAACUACCGCAAAUAGUCCGCCAGACGCUCUCUCCACUCCACUCUCCCCCACCCCGUCUCCGGGCAGGGUCAGUGUGACCAGCCCUUGUACAGUGCCUAACUCCUCUCCAUCCUCACCUCCCCCUUUGUCCGUUCUCUCUCUUUCCUUCCCACUCGCCUUUCUCCCUCAGCCUCAACCUGCUUCUCUUUCCUCCCUCCCUCGUUCUCCAAUGGCAUUGCACCUCCAACUUUUCAAACCUUCUCUCACCUCUUCCCGCUCUCUCCCCACGCACUAUCCCUCCCCUCCAAUUCUUUCUGACCCUCUCAUCCUCUCCCUCCCGCCCCUCCAAUUCUUUCUGACCCUCCCUCCUAACCUAUCCCUCCCUCUCCCUCCAAUUCUUUCUCACCCUCCCUCCUAACCUCCUCCUCCAAUUCUUUCUGAUCCUCUCUCUAGCCCCCUCCCCCCAAUAUCUCCCUGUCCCGGCCAUCUCUCGCCCUCCCGCUUUCCUCGACUCAGCAAUCUAUCUUCACCGUCGCCUGGCUUAAACCCCCAAAUCCCUGCCCUGCCCUCGCCGGUCAGCAGUCUUUAAUUACCCCCCUCUCCUCACUCCCAUCCAUUUGUCUCUGGUUUUCCGGGAGGGGGAGAGAGGAGGAUGGGGGUGCGGGGUAGAGAGUAGAGGGAGGAGGAAAGGAGAAAGAGUGGUUGGGUGUAAAAUGGAAGAGGGAGAGACACAGAGGAAGAGGGAGAGAGAGAGGGGAUGGGGGAGAGAGAGAGAGGGGACGGAGGGAGAGGGAGAGGGGACGGAGGGAGAGGGAGAGAGGUGGACGGGGAGGGAGAGAGGGGAAAGGGGGUGAGAGAGGUGGACGGGGGAGGGAGACAGACAGACAGAGAGGGAGAGAGGAAAGAGGCAAAGAAGGGAAGGAAAGCAGAGAGAGAGAAAAGGGAAAGGGAGAGGAGCUCCAUACUUCUCCCCCUCCUUAUCCCCUCUGCACCCCCACCAUUUACCCCCUCCUUCUCUCUCCACCCCCUUCCCCCCCCCAGCCCACUCUCUCCCCGCCGCCAUGUAGUGAGUGGUGGGGGGGCUAAACCCGCCGACCGCGGGCGAUCGCUGCUGGUAAGUCGCACCCGCGCAGAACCUCUAAGGCCGGCGGCGGACGGAGCACUGAGCGGCCCGGGGAGCCCAACCCCAGCGGCGGGCGAGGCUCGCGGUGCACCGACUGGCCAGCCCUUCCGAGAGAGAGAGAGAGAGAGAGAGAGAGAAAGGAAGGGAGGAAUCAGCAGCCCCCUUCAGCUCCACAGCAUCACCCCAAAAGCUGUCGCAGACCCAACGCCGCCUUCUUUCCCCCAGACCUAUCGUAUAACCUGUCCAUUGUAUCGUUGUGUAUGGUGCAUUUAUCACUGAUCUACAAAUGUGGUAUAUCAAAUCCUGAGUAAUGUAAAAGAAAGUCUAAUUAAAGGCAGUGCCAAGUAUUCCAGUCA